GAGAGAGAGAGAGAGAGAGGCGCUGCACUCCGAUCUGUGAGCGUCUUGUCUUCUGAUGGGAAAGAAGAACCAAUGAGGGAAAGAAAGAGGAAGGGGGCGCUGAAAGUGAAACCUGAGCCUUAUUUCCCCGCUGCUUUCCGUUGAUCUGCCUCUUUCGACUGCGUCUAGGCUGAUAUCGGUCCCGUUGGCUUGACGGUGAUUCCUCGGAUAACAGCUCUUUCCGAGGUCUUUCUGAAGUUUGUAAACAUAUAUCUCAGGUUGAGUCUAUAGCUGGUUCCUUUUGUCAUGGAUAAGAUUCCAUCAGAUUGCCCCUAUCCAGGUUGCUUCUUCUGUGUCAUGAAGGAAGGCAAUCCCAGCAAGCGUAGAACAAGUAUUCUGAAGUUCUUCAGAGAGCUUCCGGCACAGGAUGAUGAUGGCCAAGUUCUCCCUGUUAGUGGCCUUUGGAACACUGCCAUGGCUCAUCCAAAUGAUCCUGAGUUCAUUAAUUUGGGAAUAUUUGAAUGCAUGACUGCAUUAAUAUGGAAGGGCUUAAAAAACAGGCUUUGGCUUUCACAUGACCAGAACAUAUAUAUUCCAUACUAUGCAGCUCAUAUAAUAGGUUCCUACUCAAUGAAUGUGGAAGAAUUUGCUGAAAGAGCGGUUCAUGCUGGAGUCAUUCCUCCCUUGGUUGAGCUUUUAAGAGGUAGACUUACCUGGGUGGAGCAGAGGGUAGCAGUCAGGGCACUGGGGCACUUGGCAACUUAUUCUAGUACAUUUCCAGCAGUUGCAAGUCAUGGGGAAGUCCUCGAGCUUGCCAUUCAGCUCGCAUCAAGUUCUCUAGAGAUUGUCUAUUCUCACUUUUACCAGUUUGUGGAUAGGAGAAUAAGCUACCAUUGUGAUCUGCUUACUCGUGGUAUGGGAGGCGUGGAAAUGGAAUCCAGGAAGGCAGAGGAAUGGGCCAGCCAGCUGCAAUGCUGGUCUCUUCAGCUUAUCAAUUGCUUUGCUUUUAAGCCAGAGUUUCUCUUUGACAUAUGCAAGCCAGAAUUUUUGGUCAAAUUACCAGCCAUGUGGGGUGGACUUGUUAAUGAGAACUCACCAGCAGGUAUUGGUUUGCUGCACACAAUUUGUCAACACAAGCUUGGCAGGGGUCCUGUUGCUAACUGUCCUGGUGUUAUCGAAGCACUAUGUAACAUUGCUCGAUCAUCAGAUGACUGGCAGUAUAUGGCUAUCGACUGUCUUCUUUGGUUACUUGAAGACCAGAGCACUUCAAACAAGGUGAUAGAUAAGGCAGCUCCGGCACUCACAGAUUUAGCAGAAAUUUCUGCUCUUGGUGAUCAUAAAAGAUUAGGAGACAUCAUUGUUAAUGUCCUUCAAGAACGCUGCCAGGCACAAGGGACAGCACGCAACUAUAUCAGCAGUCGUACAAAAGAACAGAUUGAUGAGCUUUUGAGCUCGAGGCAGAGAAUAAAAUGGGAGAAGAACAUGCCAAAGGAGGAUCUCCAAAUAAAACAAGCUGCAGCAUUGGUUGUUAAGCUUGAAGGAAACUCUUUAUUCUCUUCAGGAGAUAUUUCAGGGGCUGCAUCAAAAUACUCUGAAGCUUUGGCACUGUGUCCAAUGAAGUCCAAAAAGGAAAGACUUGUAUUGUACAGCAAUAGGGCUCAGUGUUAUCUUCUCUUGCAGCAGCCACUGGCAGCCAUAAGUGAUGCUACACGAGCGUUGUGCUUACAUAACCCUCCUAAUCGUCAUGCAAAAAGCUUAUGGAGAAGAGCCCAAGCAUAUGAUAUGCUUGGAUUGGUGAAGGAGAGCUUGUUAGAUGCCAUUCUUUUCAUUAAUGAGUGCUCUCAGUCUAAUGAUCCUGACCUUUCUUUAAGGCACAACAAAGUUCCUGAUUAUGCUGAAAGGUUAGUGAAGAAGCAGAUGCAUGCUGCAUGGUUAUUCAGAGAAGCAGCUAUUAAGCAUGGGGGCAUUCCUACCGAGGAUGGAUCUGGAGAUGUCUAUGGCCCAGAAGCUGAUGAUUCUGAGUGGGAAACGGCUAGUGAAAGUGAUGUAGAAAAUGGUGGACAGGAAGCAGAUGACAAUGAAGAGAAUGAUGACAUCCGGAAGGAUAUGUAUGACAAGUCAACUACAAAAGAUUUGGUUCGUGGAUACAACAUCCUGCUUACGGAAGAUGCAACAUAACUCUCUGUGAAAUUUCAUCAGUGGGUUUAGCUUCUUGUUCAGACCCCGAAAGUAUUAGUUUUAUGGGUGUGAGUUUUGAGGAACUCAAGCCUUGUGUGAAUGUUGAAUUGACUAAUGAACUGCAACUGGGAUCCUUAUUUUUGGAUGAAUCCAAUGUGCUCAGUUGCUUCAGAAUGGAUCCAAUGUCUUUACACCUAAGUGAAUCAACUGAGUUUUGCAGCCUGUUGCAUGCUAUAUGCAUAUUAGAGUGAAUGAGAAGCUAUUUGUUGAUGGAUCCCCUUUGUUGAUCUUAUGUGAGUAACAUCACCUUUUAUGUUGGUGCUGCACUGGUGUUAAUUCUACCUUUUUUAGAUUCUUUAACAAUUGUUUCUUCCAAUGAUCUUUAUUUGGGAUUCCAUAAUCCAUGUGAAACACAAUCCAACAGUUUGGCCUCUUA